UCUAUCCAGCAGCUGCAGUUCCUAUUUGGUCCAAGAUAGCUGCCACAUCAUGAUAAAUGACCAAAGAGGGCAAGUCCAACACAUGACAGGUAUCACUCAUACCUCUCCCUGUUCUGACUGGCGAUUUUAUGAUCCGAGAGUAAGUCAUGGGCAAAAGCUGUAAGGUGGUUGUGUGUGGCCAGGCUGCAGUUGGUAAAACAGCUGUAUUGGAACAACUACUGUACGCCAAUCAUGUUGCAGGUUCAGAGCCCAUGGAGACCCUGGAGGAUAUAUACAUCGGCUCCAUAGAAACUGACCGUGGCACACGAGAGCAGGUGCGCUUCUAUGACACCCGCGGACUCCGGGAUGGGAUGGAGUUUCCUCGACAUUACUACACUUUUGCUGAUGGCUUUGUACUGGUCUACAGCAUUGACAAUAAAGAGUCCUUUAAGCGGAUGGAGGCCCUCAAGAAGGACAUUGACCGUCACAGAGACAAGAAAGAGGUGACCAUUGUCGUUCUGGGUAACAAGCUGGAUAAGCAGGAUGAGAGGAGAGUUGACUCUAACAUGGCCCAGAACUGGGCAAAAAAUGAGAAGGUGCGUCUGUGGGAGGUGUCGGUGGUGGACCGGCGCACACUGAUCGAACCCUUUGUCUACCUGGCCAGCAAAAUGACCCAGCCACAGAGCAAGUCCACUUUCCCUCUCAGUCGCAAUAAGAAUAAGGGCAGUGGUUCUACAGACAGCUAAAUGACCAGACACUGUUGUCAUGUUCAAGAGGGAAGCAAAGGGAGAAGAGGUGUAUUAAAGGGAACUUAGUUUCACUUAAAAACUAUUUAAAUAUUAUGAAGGAUUGAGGUAGUAAGAGUUGGUUUGGAGAGUGUGGAGAAAUGGCAGGAUGAUUGUAUGGAUAUUUAAAUACAGCUAGUACUGUUGAUAUUAGUAUAGCAUCCAUAUUUGAUGUUUUGGUGAAAUACUUCAAUUAUACCUGAGUGAAAAUCUUUUAUCAGAAAUUGAAGAAUGCAAAGUGUUUUUGUUUGUCAUUCCCAUUGUAUUAGUUUGGAUUCAAACUAUUCAUCCACAUUCUUUGCAAUUACUGCUGUUAACACUAGCAGUCAUGUUCCGACCUACAUAAUGUAGUUCUUAAACUACUGACAAUCAACAUUUUGAUCUCAGUUUAUACUUAAACAGUCCAGCAUUUCAAGAUAUUAGAGACUCAUGGUGCUCACUGUAUAGAUAAAUUAGACAUGUUCACACAUACACUGGCUACUAUUUUAUUUACAUGUACACUAUAUAUAUAUAUUCACAGAUUGAAUCAGAAAUGGCAGCAGUUACUCAUGUUACCUAAUUAUUGCAUCACACAAAUGCUGAAUUUCACAUUCUUUUAAAAUAUUUGAUAGGUGAAGGUAUUUUAUUGAUACAUUAUUGAUGAUGUACAGUAACUACGCUGAUCUGGAGAUUUGUUACACUAUAUAUGUUCUUUGCUGAGAUUCACUGUUGGGUGUUGUUCAGUGAAUGAUUGACAUUCCUUACCACGUAUUGCCUUCUGUACAGGCUUUAGAAAUGUAAAUAUGAGAAAAAGAAAAUGUUCAGAUGAAAGGCGGUUUCUGCAGGCUCAGGGGCUACUUUUUUUCUGGUUUUGACACAUAAAAGACAUAGAGCACUCUAUAUGGUAAAAUGUCUUGGCAUAAACAUGACUCUUAAUCAUUUAGAAGUGGAAGCUGGUAUAUUUUAUACUAAGCUGUAGGAUACAACCCCAAAGUAUUCAUUAGCCGACCAUUAAACAGUUUUUUUCAGGGUGCAACAUGCAUACAAAUAUGAGCAGCUUUUAAUGUUUCUUUAUUUGAAAUUGGGAAAGUUGUUGAUAUAGUCUUUAUUAAUUUGUCUGUGCCUCAGGCUAUCAACACUGUGUAUCAUAUUGCAACUUUUUUGUAAAUGUCAAGCUUUUAUGAUAUUAAUAUCCAUAAAAUGUGUUCACUUGAUACGUUUUUAACAAAUUAAACAUUGUUAUCUCUGCCUAACCAGAAUUUGUUGUGGUGCUAAAAUGAAUGACAUAAUUAGAUACAGCACAACUUUUAUUUCAUCCUGGUAAUUAUUGAGCAUUUUAAAAUGUUCAGGCAUUACGAAAGAACAUCUGUCAGUUGUGACCUGACAAGGAGGGAUUUGGUGAAUUGUCUCUGUGACUUGUAACCUCCUGAAAUGUGAAGGGCAAGAAACGUUUGGAGUUUAAUGACAAAAGAACUCUAAAGUAAUAAACCCAACCCCAGUCACUGAUUGUGAGUUCAUUUACGUUGUAGUAUGGCCAGUAGAUAUCUGAUCAGAGCAUGAGGAUAUCCACAUUGUUUAUACAGUCCGUAGAGUCUCUCGGCUUUGUUUUAAAGGGAAAUAUCCAUGUGUAUACGAUUCAGUAACAUUGGGAUCUCUGCACUAGGCUGUAACUAAUCUGCAGUUACAACAAUCUCUAAAGAAAUGGUAUGAACAUCUGUAACAGAGUAAUUGGAGCUCCACACCAGACAACUGCUAUUAAAACAGCUAUUUUUAAUACAAUUAUUACAAAUACUGAUGCAAUUAAUGUUUUGUAAUAUCUACUAUGAGCUGCAAAUACUGAUAGUAAUGACAAUUUAUUGAUAUUAGCACUGUGAUGAUACUGUACUAGAACUUUCUUUGGUUUUAGUGUUAUGAGAAUCACAAGUGUUCACUGCCCUGCAGUGGUCACAGUGAGGAACUGCAGCAACAGGGUCUUUUGAGCAAGUAUAUAUAAAUAAAGAUGGACAAAACAUUAA